AUAUUGUAAAAACAAUUUUAUUAUGUCUAGAACUAAUUCUGAUAAAACUUCAUUUCAUAAUAAAAAUACAAUCAUUAUUAUCAUUACAAUUGUUAUAGAUUUCUUCAUUAUAAAUGUACAAUGUUCUUCAGUCAAUAAUGAUGGUGAUAUUAAAUUGGUCGAUGGUCCAAGUGAACAAACUGGUACUGUACUAGUUUAUAGAACAUAUGGUUGGGGUAAAGUAUGUGAUGAUCACUGGACAAUGAAAGAAGCAAAUGUUGUUUGUAGACAAUUGGGAAUGGGUCACGCUCUUGAAGUACACAGACGUAAUAGAUUUGGAUCAAGCUCUCAAGCAAAUUAUUUAAUGGAUGAAGUUCAUUGUACUGGUAGUGAAAAACGUCUAAUUGAUUGUAGAUUCAACGGUUGGGGUGUACAUGAUUGUCGAAUUAAUGAAGAAGCUGGUGUAAAAUGUGCUCAAAAAGCUAUAAUAAUUAAUAAGCCUUCAUGGAAUCCGCUUAAAUUGAAAUUAAGCCAGUUGGAGUUAGAAAGAAUGUCUAAAAUAAAAUUCAAAGUGAUCAGUCAACAAAUGAACUUUAGUCAACAUACGCAAUCACCUAUAUUCAUUCCAGUUUUGAUUGAAACAGAAAAUGGAACUAAGGGAACAGUUUGUUCAGAUCAUUUUCAUGCAGCUGAAGCAAUUGUAUUAUGUCAUCAAUUAAAUGUUGGUCACGGGGGGAGAGUUAUUGCCAUGCCAAUCGAACAAACUGGAAUCAAUACUACUAAUUCAAUUGCUAUAAUUGGGUAUUGUUAUGGGAAUGAGACCGAUUUAAAGCAUUGUAAAAGUUAUAUCGAUUACAAUGGUAUUCCAUGUCAAUCACAGUUGGCAGCAGCUGUUGAAUGUACAGAUAAUCUACCAGAUUUAUUACCUGAUCGCUACAGUUUAGAAACAUCUGCAUAUAUUCAAAAAAUGAGUCUUUGGUUAUUAGAAUGUGCUCUUGAAGAAAAUUGUUUACCAGAUAUUGUGUAUAGAAUUAUUGAUAAUAAUCCAUAUAACUAUACAUGGAUGACCAGGACCCUGAUGAGAUUCUCAUCAAUUAUUGAAAACUCUGGAAAUGAAGUUUUUCGACCACUAGAAGAUCCAGAUAAUUGGGAGUGGCAUGCAUGUCAUAUGCACUAUCAUAGCAUGAAAGUGUUUUCACGUUACGAAGUUGUGGAUACAGAAAAGAGGCUUGUAGCUGUUGGGCAUAAAUCAAGUUUUUGUUUGGAAGAUAAUCUGUGCAAAUCUGGAGUAGCACCUAAGUUCCGUUGUAGUAAUGUGGUCGAUAGUAAAGGAACACAAGGUAUAAGUCCAGGAUGUCGAGAUAUGUAUUUACAUGAUUAUGAUUGCCAAUGGGUUGAUAUAACUGACAUUGCUCCAGGGCAGUACACAUUCCAAGUUUCAUUUAAUCCUGACUUCUUGGUGCCGGAAUCUAAUUUUUUUAACAACGCAUUAACAUGUCAAAUGACACAUUUGGGAUAUACUGCUGUUCUAAGACUAUGUCGAUUUAUUCAUUUAAAUGAUUUAUUUUGAAUCCUCUAAUCCUUCAAGUAACAAUUUCUUUCCAAUUCAGUUAUUUUACAUGUUGGUAUUACUUGUAAAUCGUUGAUGAUAAUAAAUAAACAACCUUCACUAUUUCACUUUUAA